UUAAUCCUAUUUUUUAUUAUUAUAUGGAUAGUAAAUAAAUAUCUUACUUCAUAUUUAAACUUUUUGAUAUUUACUUGCUAUUUUUACAUAAUUAAGUUAUUCCUAUUUUUUAUUAUUAUAAAAAUACUAAUAUCUUACUUGAAAUUUCAUCUUUUUUGACAUUUGUUUGUUCUUUUUAUUAAAAAUCAUCUUAGUUAUAAAAUUUAUUUUUA